AUGGAGUUCCGGACUUCUCACGUGGCGAAUUACUGGAUGGCACGAAUUUUCGACGGGGCGUCCAACGUCAGCGGCUCCGUGGAUGUCGGGAAAACAUGGGGCUAUCCCGGGGAGCUCAUCUCUCGCGCGCUGAAAAAGGCGAACAUGGACUGGCCAGGGGAGGACGUGUUCGACCCCCGGCAACUGACAUGCCUUUCAUGGCCUGUGGAUGUUCCCGGUCCUGAAUCUGACCCUGCCUAG